CUGUAAUGAUCAGCUCUCGCCCACUCGAGUGAGGCGGAGGAGGAAGAUGAUAUCAAAGUGUCAGCUUUCAGCGUUGACUUGAAGGAGCUGCUUCCCAGUGUGAAGGUGUGGUCUGACUGGAUGCUGGGCCACCCGGAUGAAUGGAACCCACCACCAAACUCGCUCAUUCUGUCAAAGGAAAUUGCCAUCGAUGUGUGGGCCACGUUGGCAGAGUUCUGCAACAUUUUCACAGCCGUCAACCAGUCUGAGGUACCGCUGUACAAGGACCCGGAUGAGGACCUCACCCUGCUUGUUCUGGACGAGGACAAGAUCCUCUCAGGCUUUGUUCCUCUCCUGGCUGCCCCUCAGGACCCUUGCUACGUGGAGACAGCCGCAGAUAAGGUAAUAGCGGCUGACUGCAAGAGGGUCACAGUGCUAAAGUACUUCCUGGAAGCUCUUUGUGGCCAAGAAGAACCUCUGCUGGCAUUCAAGGGUGGAAAAUAUGUGUCAGUGGCACCCAUCCCAGACAGCCUGGGAAAGGAAGAUGGAGGCCAACAGGGAAAACAACUGAAAGAUCAGGAAGAAGAUGUCAUCAUUGAAGAAUACGAGGGACAGGACACUGAAGCUGAAGGCAGCGGAGGGGAAGAUGAUAUAAAGGAGCUGAGGGCAAAAAAGCAAGCUCUGACUAAAAAGUUUGUUGAGCAGAAGCGCAGACAGGAAAAGAUCCAGGCCCUGUUAGAAGAUCAGACUUUGAAGAGGCAGAUCGAGAUUGAGAUAACACCUGUGUUUCUUGUGCCAGACACCAAUGGAUUUAUUGAUCACCUGCCUGGCCUGGCCAAGCUGCUGGAUAGUAGAUUGUACAUCAUCGUGGUCCCUCUUAUUGUGAUUAAUGAGCUGGAUGGUCUGGCAAAAGGCCAGGACACAGACUACCACGGUGCAAACCAUGCCAAAGUGGUGCAAGAGAGAGCCAAGAAAGCCAUUGACUUCUUGGAACAAAGGUUUGAAUCCCGUGACUCGUGCCUGAGGGCCCUAACCAGCAGAGGUAAUGAGCUGGAGUCGAUUGCGUUCAGGAGUGAAGAUACAACCGGACAGCAGGGAAACAAUGAUGACUUGAUUCUUUCAUGCUGUCUCCAUUACUGCAAGGACAAGGCCAAGGACUACAUGCCAGUACACAAAGAUGAGCCUAUCCGCCUGCGACGUGACGUGGUGCUGCUGACUGACGACCGCAACAUGAGGGUGAAAGCCUUAACUCGUAACGUUCCUGUCCGCCCCAUCCCAAUCUUCCUGAAGUGGGCCAAGGUGGGCUGAGAUGACAGAUCUAUUCUGUGGGUUCCAGUGAGCGUUGUCGAGAGGCCACGGCAAACCACCCCUCCAUUAAAAAAGCAUUAAGAGAAGAUGAGAGUGAAUACAUGGUAGAAGAUUGUGAUACGAAGCUGAAGAGGCAAGUCCCGAUGAAACGUGUUGAUGGUUCUGUAGGAGCACUGGUCCUAGUGGGUUGAUAGUCACAACUGACAAGUGUGCAGCCAGAUGCAGGUUAGUGAGAGGGAGUGGCAUUCCCUGGUGGGUUAUUUCAUUGGAGCCUGGGUAGUUUUAUGCAGAGAUGGAAGGAAUUCGCUCUGCUCUGCCGAGUGUGUCUGAAAACUUAUCCCUGACUCUGUCCUGUCAGAGCACGUGGACGCUGGGCUUUGAUGGCUUACAUCACUACUGCACCAGGAAUUUCACACACAAAAGUUUGCAAUGAGGACUUUGUGUCUGCUCGUUAAAGACCCACGGUGGGGGAUUAGCCUGAAAAGUUGUGCUCAGGGUCACAGCCAGAGCUAGCUUUUUAUUGGUCUGGACAAGUGUUGGUGGCAUCAGCCUAUCAGCUUGAAAUGUUCUCUACAAGACCUAGCCCAUGGAGUUGAAGUGGAGGGACGUUUAAUCCAAGUAAGAUUUAGUCGUGUCUUUGCUGCAGUGGUGAGUCAGGUGUAGGGCUGGGAGGGGGUCUGUUACACUUUGUAUAUCUGCCCUUUCAUUUUGAGCUCCAUGCCCAGGACCUUUGGCAUUUGGCAGAGUUAGAGAAUCUUGCCUUGCACUCAGCGGCUGUUGGAGGAGGCUGGAGAGGAGUUCAGUUACAGCACGGGCCUGAUGACUGAGAUACCUGGUGGUUCUAAAUCCCAGCUCUGUGCCAAGCUAUCAAGUAGCUAAGAAUGACUGCUUAACUUUGGGUGUAGAGGAGAGGGCUUGCAGCCCUUUCAGUCGCAAGGCAAUAAUACCUUGGCCGCCGGAAUUCGCGCCCUUCUAAAGUGCAAAGAAAUUCCAAAAGCUGAUUUAUUUUAGACAUUUCAGAACUGUUUCCAUUGUUUUAAUUUAUAGGUGGUUAGGUUUGGCUAAAGCAUAGUUAGGUACCUGGAUUAGCGUUGAGUGUGCUGUCUGCUUUUGUGUGGUGAGAAAGUGCAGUGUAACGGGUGUUCGGCAGAGUCAGUCAAGUUCAAUAGGUACUGACCAAUGAGGAGGCAGCGCACACUCUCCCCCAUGUGAUCUACAAACGUUGUCACCUAGUAGGAAGUUUAACAGCUAAUUAGUAUUCAUUUAAAUACCAGUCCAAUAAAAUGGAGAUUAAAAUCCACGUCUGUAACGUUUUAAUUGAUAUUUGGUGUUUUAUAGAAACCAGUUUCACGAUGAAAAUUUUUGGUUUGCUGAUUUACAAAAAUACAAUUAUAGAAACAUUAUCCCAUCGAAGCAUUUUAUACAGAGUAAACAGUACAAAUACAUGCAAUAAAUACAUUCAUCUUAAUGCAAAAACA